AUGCUACAAAUCGUGACAAACGCCGGCCUAUGGGUUGAGGCGUUUUUCCUAUUAAGUGGGUUUCUGUGCGCUUACGGAACGAUACUUGAACUGAGAAAGACAUCCAUAAAACACUACAAUCCUAUCACUAAUAUCAUUCACCGCUACUUACGACUCACACCAUCUCUAUUAGCGGUCAUUGCAUUUUCCAUUCUGCAAGAGGUUAUGGCUACUGGGCCCCAAUGGCACCGUGAUCUGGAUUAUAUAAACAUGGUCUACAAACAGGCGUACUGUCGAGUGGGACCCUAUUGUGUGGGCAUUUUGAUGGCAUACUUCUACCAAAAAUACAAAGGGAUUAUUGUGAUCAAACCCACUUUAAACAUGACGCUAUGGAUACUAUCCAUUGGCCUGAAUCUAAGCAUAACAUUCCUGACAUGGCCCUGGUUAUUGGGCAACAGUUACCACAACAUGGCGAGCGUGCUGUACGGGUCGACCCACCGGACCCUAUGGGCGCUGAGCUGGUCGUACGUACUGUUCGCGUGCGCCACAGGACACGGAUCUGUCGUCAACACCGCCUUGUCGUGGAAAGCCUUCAUACCAUUGAGUCGACUCUCAUUUCAGGCCUAUCUCUACCAUUCAGUACUCAUAUCCCGAUUCGUUUACGACGCCCGACAACCACUCUAUUCAUCCAAAAUCACUCUGGUAUGCAUUACAUGUCUAUAG